AUGUCUCAACAACCAAACGAUUCAACAACAGUACCAUCAUGCACUGGCGAUUAUUGCUUGCCACCUCGACACGGGAAUGUACAGAAUGAGGAACCAACUCGUGUCACAGAAACUGUGUCCUCUUCAGCAUUACAUGGCAGUAAUAAUUCCCAACAACAUAUUCAUAUUGAAAUUAUUUCCGAUGUUGGAUGUCCAUUCUGUUUUCUCGGAAAGACGCAACUUGAGAAGGCUUUGGAAUUGAUGGGAGCCAAAUAUUUCAGUAAAAUUGAGAAUAUUGAUUCUAGUACUUUGGUUACAUACUCGAUGGAAUGGAAACCCUUCUUAUUGAAUCCCUCCAUUCCAUCAGAAGGUCAAGAACGAGCCAAAUUCUUUAAGUUGAAAUUUGGAGUGGAAUUCAGUGAGGAAGAAAAGAAAAAUCCAGCGUUGUUAUUGAAGGCCAUGCCCAUGUUAGCUCGAAUUGAACAAUUAGGAGCAGAACUUGGUAUUAAAACCAUGAAUGUUGCAAACAUGAAUUUACCCAUGAUUAACUCACUGAAUGCACACCGAUUAAUGAAAUUAAUUGCAGAGAAAUAUCCACCAAGAGAAAAUGACCAUCAAAAUAGAGUGUCAGAACGUAUUUUCAGAGCCUAUUUUGAAGAGGCUUUGGAUGUUUCCCAAGUGCCAGUUUUGAAACAAAUCGUUAAGGAUUGCAACCUUGAAAAAGACGUUCCUGACAACUUUUUCCUUGAGGAUCCAUCGUCUGAUGAUCAUCGUGACCCACAUUUAAUUCAAGUGAAAGACGAAGCUCGAAGAGCCAGCUUCUCAACAAAUGGGGUUCCUUAUUUUAACUUUACCAAUGUUACCAAAGGACUUAAAUCGAAUUGUUCUGGGGCGGUGGGUGUUCAAAAGUUCUUGAAAGUCUUGCAAAGUUUGGUGAAAUAA